AGCUGCGACGUCACAACAGCGCGCCACCAGAGGAAAACAAACUAUUAGAAUCUCGUCUGUGAUCAGUUCAUGACAAUUUAUUGAUCAUCUUAGAACGAUUCAGCUCCGCUGGCGGAUUCUGAAUAAAACAUGAAGCCUACGGUUCGAGCGAGGUUGUAACUUCCGGUCCAGACUCUGGUGUCGUCUACUGGCUGCUUCUGUUAACGGUGUGCUGACGUUUGACCCCCACCAUGAGCUCUCGAGUGUGCAAGACCUGCGGGGGAUCAGACAUCGAUGUGGACCAGGCUCGGGGCAGUGCCGUGUGCACUGGCUGCGGUUCGGUUCUGGAGGACAACAUCAUCGUCUCUGAAGUCCAGUUUGUGGAGGGAAGUGGAGGCGUGUCUUCUGCGGUGGGACAGUUUGUCUCAGCUGAUGGUCCAGUUAAAGCUCCUCUGCUUGGUUCUGGUUUCCACACUAAUGUUGGGAAGGAGUCCCGAGCUCAGACCCUGCAGAACGGUAAACGUCAGAUCCAGCAGCUCGGCAGUCAGCUGCAGCUCAACCAGCACUGUCUGGACACGGCCUUCAACUUCUUCAAGCUGGUCGUCAGUAAACACCUGACCCGAGGACGCAAGAUGGAGCACGUCAUCGCCGCCUGCCUCUACCUGGUGUGUCGCACCGAGGGGACCCCUCACAUGUUGCUGGACCUGAGUGACCUGCUGCAGGUGAAUGUUUACAUCUUGGGAAAGACCUUCCUGCUGCUGGCACGAGAGCUCUGCAUCAACGCUCCCGCCAUCGAUCCCUGCCUCUACAUCCCACGCUUCGCUCACAUGUUGGAAUUUGGGGUGAAGACUCAUGAGGUUUCCAUGACAGCUCUUCGUCUGGUUCAGAGGAUGAAGAGGGACUGGAUGCACACGGGACGGCGACCGUCCGGACUCUGUGGAGCAGCUCUCCUGGUCGCAGCCCGGAUGCACAAGUUUCGACGUUCAGUGAAGGAUGUGAUCAGUGUGGUGAAGGUGUGCCAGACCACCCUGAGGAAGAGGCUGACAGAGUUUGAGGACACGCCCACCAGUCAGCUGACCAUCGAUGAAUUCAUGAGGGUAGAUCUGGAGCAGGAAUGUGACCCCCCCUCCUUCACCGCCGGACAGCACAAAGCCAAGAUGCAGCAGCUGGAGCAGGAGCUGUCCCGUAAACUGGACGAGGUGGAAGGAGAGAUCAGCUGCUACAAAGAUGAGAUCGAGAUCGAGCUGGAGAAGAGUCAACCCAAACUGAGGGGAAUCUACGCCGCCUACACAAAGGAAAUUGCUCCUGAGGAGGAGGAGGAGGAGGUUCUGCCCUCCCCCUCUGAGCCCGAUGAGGCAGAGAAAGAAAUGGCUGAGCUCCAGGCUGCCACCCAACACCUCACCCAGGACUUCCUGUCCCAGGUGAUCCAGGAGGAACAGGGGCUAGGCAAAAAGCCAGAUGAUGGCAUCGGUGACCAGAGGGUGGAGCCAGAGAUGGAGGGGGUGCGGCCACCUCAUCAGAUCAACCCUCUGACUGCCAUCCUGGGAAAGCUGCCGAGUGCCGCCACCCUGGGCCUCCAGGAGACCUUUCAGCCCUUUGAAGGGUCAGAAAAUGGCGGGAAAGCAGACGAUGACCUCUCUCAGAGUGGAGAGUUGGACCUGGAAGGUAUUGAUGACCAGGAGAUUGAUAAGUACAUCCUGAAUGACAACGAGGUCGAGGUGAAGACGGAACUGUGGAUGAGGGAGAAUGAGGAAUACCUGAGGGAGCAGAAAGAGAAAGAAGAAAGGAUAAACAAAGAGAAGGAAGAGGGAACCUACAAGGAGAAGAAGAAGAAGAAAUACAGGAAGCGGGAGCAGAUUGAAGCAUCAACAGCAGGCGAGGCCAUUGAGAAGAUGUUGGAGAAGAAGAAGAUCUCCAGUAAGAUCAACUACGACGUCCUCAGAGAUCUGAACAGGGGGGCAGGAAGUGCUAGCACGUCCACCUCCGACCCUCCGGAUGCCACCGCCACCCGUAAGCGACUCAACCGCCGCCGUCGCAGGAAGACCAGUGAAGCCAAUCAGGACCUCGCCGCCAACACGACCAUCAUGGGGAAGAGGUUCAGACACCUCAUUUCAUCCCCACCAAAGAAGAAGAAAACAUCUGUUCAGGUAAAGAACACUGUCACCAUGACAACAGAAACAGCAACAGAGUCUGCGGCUGAAACACCUCCUGAUCCCGUCCCCGAAACUGUCUCCGCCUCCCAAGAGGCUCCGCCCCCUGCAGAAGAUGAGGAGGAAGAGGAGGAGGUGGAGGUGGAGGAAGAGUGUGUCAGUGCUCUGCAGCUGGUUGGAGAUUACGGCUGUGAAGCAGAAGAAGAGGAAGUCUUUUAGCUGCGCCGCGCUGACCUUUGACCCCUGUAAAUAAACUCCGUCCUGACUGAAGAUCUGAUGCAGCUGAUCACUGAUCAAUAAGCUAACAGCAGAGAGAAUCACUGCACUUCUGGUUUAAAAGCUCCUUGACUUUUAGAUGAGAUGAAUUGUUUUGUGUAAAUUUGUUUUUGUUGAUCACUGAUCUUUUUAUUGAUCCAAGCUCCUGAUGUUCAUGUUGUAAGUUUGUGUACUUUUGUAACGACACACUUUUAUCAGCCUCAGUAUGUGUAUAUAUGUGUGUGUAUUUUAAAUGAACUUGUUUCUGAUGUGCAAACAAACAAUUAUGAGGCAAAAAAAAAAAAACAUUUCUUUACAA